AUGUCGUCUUGCAUCCAAAUUAAAGAUAAAGACUGGGCAUGGUCCGUAGAUGAUAAGGAAAAGGGUAAAGCUGCAGACACUGUACGGGGGACAGGCAAAGAGGAAAAUCAAGAGGGAGAGCAGGAAUGGGGAAAUGAGAUUCCCUACUUGCCAGUGCUCAUGGGCUCCCCUUUGUACAUAUACAUUAAGGAAAAGAGUCCAGAUGGCACAGUAUUUGAUGGCCCAUCUAUAGAGUCUCUAUCGCUGAUUGAUGCAGUAAUGCUCUGAUGUAGUAUGACCUCGCAACAGGCUUUCAGGGAGAAAUUAGCUCAACAGCAAGCCAGUGCAGCACCAGCCACCACAAUAAUAGCAACACCAGCCACCACAACAGUGGCAACAACGGCAACGACAACAGCUGUUCAGAACACACCAAAGAAUGGGGAAGCCACUAUGAAUGGAGAGGAGAAUGGGGCGCAUGCAAUAAAUAAUCAUUCAAAGCCAAUGGAAAUUGAUGGGGAUGUUGAAAUUCCUCCUAACAAAGCAACAGUCCUCCGUGGCCAUGAAUCUGAGGUCUUUAUCUGUGCCUGGAAUCCUGUCAGUGAUCUGCUAGCAUCGGGGUCUGGAGACUCAACAGCCCGAAUAUGGAAUCUUAAUGAAAACAGCAACGGUAGUUCCACUCAGCUAGUUUUGAGGCACUGUAUAAGAGAAGGAGGCCACGAUGUCCCCAGCAAUAAGGAUGUAACAUCGUUGGACUGGAAUAGUGACGGAACGCUGUUGGCAACGGGAUCAUACGAUGGCUUUGCAAGAAUAUGGACAGAAGAUGGGAACCUUGCAAGCACCUUAGGUCAACAUAAAGGUCCCAUUUUUGCUCUGAAGUGGAACAAAAAGGGGAAUUACAUUUUAAGUGCUGGUGUUGAUAAAACAACAAUAAUUUGGGAUGCUCAUACAGGAGAAGCUAAACAACAGUUUCCUUUCCACUCAGCCCCUGCUCUGGAUGUAGACUGGCAGAACAACACCGCUUUUGCAUCCUGCAGCACUGAUAUGUGCAUACAUGUAUGCCGGCUUGGUUGUGAACGUCCUGUCAAAACUUUUCAAGGCCAUACGAAUGCUCCCAGUAGAGACCCAGGCUCAAAUCCCCACUCGCGGCGUGGAAGCUUGCUCGGUGACCUUGCGCCAGUGGCGGGUGAACUAGGAGUGUGCUUGACUGCGGGUGGAACGUUUUCCCCCAAGAGGCGCCUGUGGGCAGGUGAGCAUAGGAUUGUAGCCUCCAAGGACGGGCAAGCGAGCGAGGGAGGGAUGGAGGCUAGAUGUCCGCCAGCCCCAGAGUGGGUGGGUCGCUGGUCCCAGGCUGGCAACUAUCUCAUGCAGUGGGCGAGGCUGCCAGCUCAGCAAGGAAUGGGCAACGCUGGCGGAGCUGAAGGUAGCCAGCAGCACUCCCGGGCAGAAACCGCUCCCCUUCCUCCAGGCAGUUGCUUGAAAAUCAGUCUCACCGCUUUGCAGGCUCAAGGAUGGACGCUUUGCUGGGAGUCAGCCCCGCUGAGUCGGCAGGCGGAGGAUUUGGGGUGA